UUCAACUAAAAUUUUCCUGAUUCGUUAUAAGCACUAUUUAUUCGACAAUGAGCAAUUCGAAGAAAAAAAGAAGUGACACAACAAUAGACAAGAAACGAGAUAUACCAAAGGAGAAAACCUAUAUUUCUAAGGAGGUAGAAACAUCAAUUACAAUAUUAGAAAGUCCAGAGAUAAGUGUUGUUACUGAAGCUCUCCUAUUCCUCUCGAAAUAUGCUGAUUUGAAGGACGAAAAUUUGAUACACCUUCAAAAGAAGGGUAUUCUCCCAAAACUGUUAAUGCUCCUCAAAAAACCGAUACCAAUAAUAAGACUCAGCCUGAGACUAGUAUCCAUUCUUCUCACGAAAAACGACGCAGUUUAUGAGUUGGACAACGAGAAGUACGAUGAUAUCCUUCUUGAAAUAAACGACAUGUUCAUCAAUAACCCAGAUGCACCUACCAAGGAGUUUUGCGCUGGAAUUCUUGCCAAAAUGGCGAAAUCUACAAGAAUAGUUCUGCUCAUCUUCAAGAGUGAUCUUUAUACGCCUAUAUUCCAUUUGAUCAGGACAUCAACGAAUGCUGUUCUACUCGCGAAUGUCCUUGAACUGUUUUAUAACCUUUUAGACGCUCCUACUGCAAUCUCCAUACUCUCCACAGAUAAAGCGUUCGACCCUUAUAUUCUCAUAGAAAGAAUGAAGGAAUUCGAUCCAGCUAUGACAAAGUGGAUCCUGGAGAUCUUCAAAAGAUUGACUUAUGUGAGUAUAGAUCAGAUCAUGAAGUUACUGCAAGAAUGCCAACUGGUAGAGAACCUUUUUAAAAUACUUCUGGAACCAACGAAGGCUGUAUACUUUCCUAUAACCUUCGAAAUAAUCACGAACUGCUUGCAAAACCCGAUUACGAGUAGCUACUUCGUGGAAAGCUUGGAGUUUUUGGAAUUCUGCAAAUGGUCGAAGUACUGCUCAGGUGUCUAUCUUUUACCUACAGCUAUUAUCUUGGAAAAGAUUACUAAUAUACCGUCCAUGAAACAGAUGCUUUUCGAUCUUUCUGUUGAAGACUCCAUUUUGUAUCUAUUGCGGAGCAAAGAUAAGAAAGUAUUGUCUAUAGCAUGCAGUGCUAUUUCAAAUUUGAGCACACAUCGUUACUGUUGUGAUAAAAUGUUGACACCUGUAGUUAUAAGGGAAAUAUUGAGACUGAUGGAACUGGUCGAUACCACGCCGACAAUGUACAAUGAAGUAGCAGUGGAGACAAUUCACAACUUCUGCAAACGUAACAAUAGAACGAUGAAUCUGCUCGAAGCUUACAGAGGGAUAGAUGUUAUUGUCAAAUAUUUCCAUGCAGGCCUAGAGAAUAUACCGCCCAAAACUUAUAAACAGAUUCUAGAGAUGAUUAUCUUGAUAAUAGCAACACCUUCUCGACAACAAAAAGUCCUAACAAAUGAGUUCUUCACCACCAUAAUCAAGGGCUUUCAGUUUGAUCACGAAGAAACCAAUCUGUUGUGCUUGGAAAUCAUGACGUUCUGUAUAGGUCACAAAACUUUCAGGGACAAUUUCAUCAGUAUGGGUGGUACCGAAAUAAUGAUUACACUUCUGAAAUCAACCAAAAGCAAGACGUUAUUCAAGAAUGUCCUCAUCUUCAUCCAUAACAAUCUGGUUUACAAAAAAAUGGCGGAAAUGUUUCUAAAUCAAAAUUUGGUGUUAGUACUGAAGAAUUUUCCGGAGGAGAUAAAGGAAGAUGUACCACUAGUAUACAGAUGUUUGAAUCUUUUAUAUUCGCUCUUUCUACCCCUGAAAUUUUUCGAGACUGGAAAGUUAGAAGUAUCUGAUAGGUUCAAGAACAGGUUCUACCUCAUAAAUCAGCCUUGGGAUUUUCCAUUCCCAUGUUUGGAAGUCUUGGAAUCCCAGUAUAUGUGUACCAGAAAAACGAUAUAUUUGGUGGAUUACAGAGUGGAGAGGUUCGAAGGUGGUGGUUCCAUCUCCAGCAUGAAUAAGCGUCAGAUGAAGGUGCUCAAGAGGACCAACAGUCAACAGAUGUCGGUUAACUCGAAGACCCAAAGCGAAUUUGAUCCUUUCAAGUUUGCUUGUGACCCUUAUUUAUUAGAUUAUAUUCUUUACAUGAGAAAACAUCUGUCUAAAGACUUGAAUGUUGAGGAUCAAGUAAAAAUUAUAGCCAUAUUUGUUGACGCUCAACUCUGCGGACCAAAGAAGGACUAUUCUCAUCCGCAAAAGCUACACAGUUUCAGAUUACACAUCGAAUCAUUGAAAAAGAAAUUACUGAGCAAUAUUAUACCUAUCGGAUUUUUGAAAGUAGGUUUCCACUGCGAACGAUCGCUCCUGUUCAAGGCUCUGUGUGAUAAGGUCUGCAUUCCCUGCACUCUUGUCAGGGGUGCCAACUCUCUUUACUGGAACGAGGUGCCUCUAAUUCGUCCAGGAAGAAAUAGGGGUAAUUUGCAAUAUUACGUCGUCGAUCUCAUGGAACAUGUCGGAGAGCUGUAUCCUGUUGGAUCGAGGGAUGCAAACUGUUACUGCGACAUAAAUUGACACUUUCAACAAAAUAGUUCCAUACAUCUACGUUGCACUGAUUUUUGAUAUAUACGCUGAUGAACUUUCGGAAGAUGGAAACGUGUAUAAAGAAAAAUUUGUAUCUGUUUUUGUGUGAAAUGUUUCUUGUAAAUCUUUCAAUUAAAAGGAAGAUAAAGGUGCCGAUA